AUGUUUAUUGGGGAUGUCUUCAACUACGGAAGCGACACUGAGGGAUACGACAUGGAGUUGGAGCUACUUUCUCGAGUAGCCUAUGAUGUCUUUGCUCUGCCUACCUUGAACACGCAAAUAGCGCUUUGGGCAUACGGCUAUACAAACUAUCCCAGAAACAUUCUUGACGCUUUGAAUAAAAUGACUAAGAAUUAUGAUGAAUUUGAUCAGUUACUGUUGAGAAUGGACUAUGCUAACGUCAGUGAUGUUAUAAAUACGGAAAGGGCCAUUGAAGUAAUCAACGAAAUGGUAGAAGAAAAACUAAACUGUAUGGUCUUCUUCAGUGCCCAAUCUGACACAGCGGAUUUGCCGAGACUAGAACCUAAAAAUGAAGGCAUUGAGACAUUAGUGGCCGUAGGCCUUAAAGGUGAGCCAAUUAUUGAGCAAAAAAAAAUCAAAAAAGGAUUUUCUCUUCUGGAGCCUUGUGAAUGAAU